CGGAAGACAAAGAGUCUGAGUCAUCUCACGAUUGAACUGGAACAGUGUUUCAAAAAAGAGUAAUAAUUGAGUGAGAAAGAGUAACGGAUGACCUUCGCAGAUGUACAUUCAUUCGCCUAGUCGUAGCUAACAUCCUUUAUUCCGUAUCCUCCUUCAUGUCAUCAUCGUGCCGAGGAAACAAGAGGGCGAAGCUGAGAAGGCAGACGCAGACCCACAAGUAUCGGCCUGAAGAAAAGUCCCCCACUUUUCAUGAAGUUUCCUCAUCUUUUCCAUUUUUUGAGAUGGUUUUAAUCGUGCGCCUGCUUUCCUGCUUGAUGUGAGUGUGACACGAUGAAUCCUUUGUAAAACUACCGCGCUUGGUGUAUAAGAGCAAAAUUCGCCAUCAGCUCGUUGAAGUUCCAAG